UUCUUUAAAACAUAAAAUUAAGGUGCAGGUUGUAGUGAAGAGACAAAGUCCUUUAACCCCCUCCCCUCCCCAUUACCACACUCUGUGGAAGAAUUAUAUUUCAUAUUUACAGCAGGUCUUUGAAAGCUAUUCUCUGAUUUCAAGAAAAAGUAUUCAUAGACAAAGACAUGUCCAAAUCAGGCCAGUGAAAUUACAUGCUUUUGGUGUUUGAAAUUUGCUGUUAGAAAUACUCUGGUUUUUGAAUGGUCAAGUAAAAAAUAGCAUUCAGGAUUUGUUCCUGUAUUAAUACAUUAAAGUCAUUUGGACAAAAUUUUAGCCAAGUUCAGGUAUUUGGCCAGAGUGAAGACCUGCGUUGGGAGUCCCUGCAAGCUGGGGCCUUGGUAUUUAAUUUAUCUUUUGUUGGCUUUCAGUGCUUCAUAUGAACUAAAUCUGUCUUUCCUUUUCCUUUCUUUAGUGUAGUUGGUCCUUAAAAAAAUGGGCUGUGAAGUUAAAAGGAGGUUUUUGCUGCUAUAUGCCACACAGAAGGGACAGGCAAAAGCCAUAGCUGAGGAAAUAUGUCAGCAGGCAAGUGCACGUGGAUUUAAAGCUGAUAUUCACUGUAUAAGUGAGACUGACAAGUAUAACUUGGAAACAGAAAAGGACCCUGUGGUUAUUGUUGUCUCCACUACUGGAACUGGGGACCCUCCAGACACAGCACGCAAGUUUAUUAAGAAAAUUCAGAACAAGACCUUGCCAGCUGAUUAUUUUGCACACCUACAAUAUGCAUUGUUAGGUCUGGGAGAUUCUGAGUAUACAUUCUUUUGUAAUGGUGGGAAGAUAGUAGAUCGCCGACUUCAGGAACUCGGCUCCCAGCAUUUCUAUGAGACUGGACUGGCAGAUGACUGUGUAGGUUUGGAGCUAGUAGUUGAUCCAUGGAUUGAUGGACUUUGGCUUGCCCUGACACAAGCAUUUAUAUCGCGGAAAGAGAGAGAAAUCAUGAGCAACAACCUCAGAACUGUUUCUAAUGGUGUCUGUGCAGUGACUAUAGAUCCAAGCACAUCAGAGACACCGAGCUUAGUUUCUGAAAUACAGCAUUUGAAGCUAGAAGACUCAGGAGUGAGGAGUCCUGAUAUUUCAUCACACAAAGCAGCUAAUGGUCAUUUUGUAGCUUCUAGUCAAGGCUCUGAACCUUCACUUAUACACUCAGUCCCUCCUCUCUCCCAGUCUGCUCUUAACAUUCCUGUUCUGCCACCAGAGUAUAUAGAUGUGCAGUUUCAAGAGACUACUGACAAGGAUCCCAGCUUGACCUCACUAAUUUCGGAGGGAGCAGUCUUUGAGGUUCCAGUGACUAAAGCAGUUCAGCUCACUAAGGAAGAUGCAGUAAAAACAGCAUUGCUGCUAGAACUUGAUAUUUCAAAAACAUCAUUUUGUUAUCAGCCUGGAGAUGCCUUCUGUGUAAUAUGCCCCAACAAUGCUAGUGAGGUGGAAGAACUUUUUCUCAGCUUGGGUCUUUCAGGAAAGGAAGACUGCUUUGUUUGUUUAAAGAUUAAGGAUGGCACUAAAAAGAAAGGAGCAGCUAUGCCACAGCAUAUACCUGACAGAAGCACUUUGAAAUUUAUUCUCACCUGGUGUUUGGAAAUAAGAGCAGUUCCCAAAAAGGCAUUUUUACGGGCCCUUGUAGAGUACACCAGCAAUACAGGAGAAAAACGAAGGCUUCAGGAGCUUUGCAGCAAACAAGGAGCUUCUGACUAUAAUCGCUUUAUCAGAGAGCAAGAUGUCUGCUUGUUGGAUUUACUUCAUACCUUUCCAACUUGCAAACCUCCAUUUAACCUCUUAAUAGAGCAUCUUCCUAAACUACAAGCCAGACCCUAUUCAGCUUCAAGCUCCAACUUAUUUCAACCAGGAAAACUGCACUUUGUUUUUAAUAUCGUGGAGUUUCCCUCUUGCCCAGCACGACCAGUUUUGCGGAAGGGGGUGUGUACAGGUUGGCUUGCUGACUUAGUUACACCAGUGCUUCAGCCAAGUGAAAGCACUGAGCAUUCCAGCGCAGGAAAAUCCUCAGCUCUAAAGGUCCCCAUUUUUGCUCGCCCUACCAAUGUUUUCCACUUACCAGAAGAUCUGACUGUCCCUCUUAUGAUGGUGGGUCCAGGGACUGGAAUUUCGCCAUUUAUUGGUUUCCUGCAACACAGACAAAAACUCCAAGAAGAGCAUGCAGACUGGAAGUUUGGAGAGACAUGGCUGUUUUUUGGCUGCCGACAUCGGGAUAGAGACUAUUUGUUCAGAGAUGAGCUCCAGUAUUUUGUUGGAAAUGGCAUAUUAACUCAUCUUAAGGUCUGUUUCUCAAGAGACCCUCCAGCUGCAGCAGACACAGCCUCACCUAAAUAUGUGCAAGAUAACAUUCGGCUUUGUGCCAAAGACGUUGCCAGAGUACUGCUGAAGGAGAGGGGUUGUUUCUAUGUGUGUGGAGAUGAGAAGAACAUGGGUAAAGAUGUGAAUGAUGCAUUAGUAGAUGUGUUCAGCAUGGAGGCUGGAGCUGACAAACUGGAAGCAAUGAAAACCCUGGCUAUGUUACGAGAAGAAAAACGAUAUUUACAGGAUUUGUGGACCUGAAUAUCUGGCCUCUCUUCUCCUUUUGAAAGUAGAGUGUUAGACCCUUACAUACUGUACGAGGACUACCUGAUUCUCUGGAUUACUGUUAUAUCAACUUCACUUAUGCAUUU